GACCACUCAGCGUGAGAGCGAGAGAGAGAGAGAGAGAGAGAGAGAGAGAGAGAGAGAGAGAGAGAGAGAGAGUGGCUGAUAAAAACAGGGAGAGAAAGACUCCGCGGUGCGUCACUUCACGUGAUUUUAUACGGGCCAAAUUUUGGCAUGUUGCGAAGAUAUCGCUCGCCCAGUCAGUAUGGGCUGCUGGUGGCACCUUUGUUGCUGUUGCUGCGAGUCGAGAACAGUUUCCCAUACCGUUUGCAGCAUCGCGUACCAUAGCAGAUGGCAUUCGCGUUCGAUCGGUAAGCGGUAACGGUUGUGUUUUUGUGCGCCCAGUUCUCGAGCACGGUAAAGGAUUCCGGAAAUGUGCGUUCGACCCAUGGGGUCGAACAGUGGUCCUAUUCCAGUUUACAGGGACGUGUUGUUCUGCACCCGAACGCAGUUCACACUAUUAUUUGCCCGCAGAGGAUAACGGGCGCGAACCGGUGGUUAUAUUUCUUUCCGGUCUACCACAGCUGUUGCUCGCACACGCCUAGACCGUUUGGAGCUCGUUUUUACUUCUUGCUUCUUUUUUUUAAUUUAAUUUAUUUCCCUUUUCCGGUUCAUUGCAAACGCACGCGGGAUGAUUUUUUUGCUACUGUUUGUGGUGUCCACCACCACCACCAUAAGCCGUUGUAACUUUCGUCUUUGCUUGAUAAACCGCAUGAAAUAAAAAAAAAACAAAACGCUUCCGUCGACGAAGAGAGUUGGAAUAGCGAAGAGAGAAAAAAAACAAACCAAAGUAUCUUGUGCAACUCGUGCGCGCAGUCUAUUGCGCGAGUUGGUGGUUUAUGGUUAUUACUUUCGGCCGCAGCGGGAAGUGUUGGAAUUUUGUGUGUAUUUUUGUGUGCCUGUGCCUGUGUCUGAAAGCGUUUUGGGUAUUUUGGGUGUUGCAGAAGCUGGUGCAGGAUUUUGAAUCGUCCCGCGACGGAUGCUGUGGUUGUGCUUGAUGCAGCUGUGGUUUUUGUCUCUUGUUCGAUUAGUGACCACGCAGACCGCUUCAGCUGCUUCCCGUAAGCGUAAUGCAGAGCGCUGCUUGGAAAGGCGUGUGCCCUAGUUUAUGCUUCGCCCGCCUAUGUUAAUCACCACGACAUCAUACCGACAAUGAACGAGCAGUCAUUGUGUAAUCUUAGCUCCCCGCUCCGGGAAUCGUCUGAUGCAGCGAAGCGAAUUGAUGAUUGAGUAGCAAGCCGCAGCUAAUUGCAAACGUUGCGCUGCACCGACCGACCGAGGGCACAUUUGUUGCUACUACAGCAGUAGUAGCAGUAGCACUGCCACACAAGCACCAGGACAUCCGGUGGUACAAAGCAAGAUCCGUGCACGGCGCAGCUUUCCCAUUGGGACUGGUUGAGUGAAGUGGCUUCGUACAGGGAAAAAAGAAACAUAAAAAGGCACAAGACCACGUGAGGUUGCGUUUGCGUGGCCCACACAGUGAGCCAAAACGCACGUGUGUUUGCUCUGCUCCGUUUUCAUUUUGUGGCGAAUUUUUUUUUUGUUCCGUUUUUGAAGAGGCCCUACUUACCCCCCGUUAUAAUAACAGCUGUGUUACAUUUUGGGGGCAACAUUAUUCAACGAUUGUUGUAACAGUUUCGUUUACCCAAAAGCUGUGUGUGUUUUUUUUGUAUAUGUGUCUGUAUGUGUGCUUGACUGACAAUCAUCUGCAAGCGGUGACAGUGUUCAGCGUGCCAUUAAGCAGCAACCAGCGCUCCCGGGUGGCUGGGUAGGAAGGGAGCCGCAACUCUGCAGUGCGUCGCGCUACGCGUUAUCACAAGAUGGCGAGCGGCAGUGAAUCGAGCCCUGUGCCCUCGUUGCUCUCUCCCACCGGUACAGCGCUAAGCGCCGGAAGUUAUGCAACACGCCAGCAACUGUCAGCUAACGGCGGUGGCAUAGCCGUUCAGCCCGCUCAACCUGUUGCGGUCACAGCCGGCAAUCCGCCUAAUGGCCCGGCUGGUACGGGCCAGCAAAGCUCACUGUCACCCCGGCGGCGGGCCCGGCUGCAACGGUCCGAGCGGCUCCAGUCCGACCACUCCCAGUCCUCCCAGUCGCCGUCCUACUCGUCCUGGGAGGCGCUAAUACGGGACAGCUUCGGUCAGAUCGUUUGGCCCAUCCGCAUCACCAGCUGGGAGAUGGUGCAGAGCGACCGGAUGGGCGGUGGCGGUGCGGCGACCGGAGCCGGCGGCUUUAUGGCCGGGGGUCGUAAUGCGUCCUACCAUGCGCCCGAUUACGUAGCAGCGAGUACUUCGGCGACAGAGCUCAUUUCGAGGCGAGGCGUCUUCUCUCGGCGUCAUUAUGGAUCAGUGGACCAGCUGCCACAGUCGGAGAUUGAUGGAUUGGAUCCAAACUGUCGCCGGUUUCGGCUGGAGAAUGGCGAGUCAUUAGCCGAGAAGGACGAGGUUUUCGGAUCCCCUAGCAUCCCCAUUCUGGAGAACCCGGAACAUCAAACACGAUGGUACUUCAAGUAUUUUCUGGGAAAGCUGCAUCAAAACUACGUCGGAAUGGAUUCGGAGAAAAGCCCCUACUUCCUAUCGAUCGUUUCCCAAGACUCGGGCAGCAAAUGUAUGCCCCUGUACCGUGUGAUGCUGUUCCGGAAACAGGGUGCCCAGAAGCUGGCACUGCCGUACAACCCGCAGCAGAAGCUGACGGUGAAACAGAUCCUAUCCAACUUCACGCUGAUGGACUCGAACAAAUCGCCAAAGGAAAUCUUUGCCGCCGACAUCCAGAAGGAUCUGCUGCUGCUCGAGGAGCAGGAGGGCUCGGUAAACUUCAAGUUCGGCGUGGUGUACAUGAAGGCCGGCCAAAAGCUGGACGACGAAAUGCUGAGCAAUGAAACCGGAAGUCCGGAGUUUGACGAUUUUCUUACGCUGCUGGGUGAAAAGAUACGGUUAAAGGACUGGGAGCGGUACCGUGGUGGGCUGGAUGUGAAAGGUGACAUGACGGGCAAGUACUCCAUCUACACGCUGUACGAGGGGCACGAGAUAAUGUUCCACGUAUCGACGCUGCUACCAUUUAGCCGAGAUAAUCGACAGCAGGUCGAGAGGAAACGACACAUCGGGAACGAUAUCGUCAACAUCAUUUUCAUCGACGAGGCGUCCUCGGGCGAAGAGACCGAGUUCAUACCGAACAACGUAAAGAGUCAAUUUACGCAUGUGUUCGCCGUCGUUACCAAGCGUGGGACGCGCUACCGGUUAGCCGUGUACUGCGACGAAACGGUUCCACCCUUUGGCCCGACGCUGCCCAAUCCACCCGAGUUUGAGGAUCCGGCCGUCUUCCGGGACUUUCUGCUGGUGAAGCUGAUCAACGGCGAGAAGGCCACCUUCCAAACGCCGACCUUUGCGCGGAAGCGUGAACGGACGCUGGAAAUGUUGAUAAAGGACCUGUACGAGGAGUAUGUGCACGACAAUAAAAUGAAUAUGCUUAACAGACGAGCCUUCUCGGAGGUGCUGUACGAUGCGCCCCGCACCUCGAAGCUGAAGGAGGACGCCCGGCAGGUGGAGUUUGUGCGCAUCGGUCAAGCCCUCAAGCUGGAGGCGAUCGUGCGCGGGGACGCCCCGACCAGCAUCGCGUCGGCCGGUACCGUCUUCAAGCGUCCGCCCUGGGAGCCGCACUGCUUCUAUCCGACGUUCCAGCCCCGGAACGAGCUGGUCGGGGACAGCUGGGGCCAGGAUCAGCUGUUUCUCGCCUCGGACGAAGGUACAUAUCUGAUCAAGGAGGACCAAACGCACCGGGUCGUGUUCGACAAGACGCUGUGCGUGCGGCAGCUGAACGUGGUGGAGGACCACGGCAUCAUGCUGGUGCGGGGCGGCAGCGCGAUGCAGAAGGACGGCCACCGGAUACACGUGUUUCGGCUGAACGAGUUUACGGACGACCGGCUGGUGCAGCGGUCGCGCGUCGACGUGAAGGAGCGCCGGAUUGAGAAGACGCGCGGCUGCCAUCUGUACGCGAUAUCGCGGGCCGGCGAGGCCCAUCUGCGGAUGGCGGUGGCGGUCGGGCGGAAGCUGCUCAUCUACCAGUGGAAGCAUACGGCCGCGUGGACCUCCUGGUGCCCGAACAGUGACAACGACACGGUGGAGGGUUUCCUGUUCCUGAAGGAGAUCCACCUGCACGACUCGCCGACGAUCAUGACCAUUCUGGAGGGUUCGUGUCCCAAUGCGGGCCUGCUGAUUUGCGUCGGCUAUCGGCACCAUUUCGAGAUCGUGUCCGAGCUGACGGGGCACGGGACGAAGCUGCACGAAACGGACACGACCAAGCGCACGCAGACGCACCUCGUUGCGGCGCUCGAUCUGUACGACGGGCAGGACACGGAGCUGCUGCUGUGCUACAACCACACCUGCCACUUUCAGAAGCUGUCGGAGGAGUGCAACAACAGCACCGAGUUUGACUUCCAGUUCAACACGCCACCGUCGUCGGUUGUGUGCGCCUUCCCGUACAUUAUCGCGUUCACGCCCGACACGAUGGAGAUCCGGCUGCUGGUGAACGGCAACCUGGUGCACACGGUUACGAUGGCCGAGCUGCAGCUGAUCACGUCGAAGAAGGACAUCUUCUUCGUCACGACCGCGCCCGAGUUCAUUCCCAAAGGUGCCAAACUGCGCGGGCUCGAUGCGGAGGACCACGAGCAGAUGAACAAACCGCGGAUCGAGGAGAGCCGGGUCGUGCCGGAGGACGACGCGUCGACCAGUCCGGCCCGCAGCCGGCUCAGCUCGGACGAGGACAAUUCGGGCGGUGCACCGUCCACGGCCGAAUCGGACCCGAACGGGGCCGAGUCGGGUGGCGGACAGCUUACCACGCCCCAGAUUCAGCGCGCCAAAUCGCUGCAAAACCCCAACCCGGCGGGGGAGCCGGCCAAACCGAAGGAGGUGUCCCUGUCGGUGGACGAGCUGAAGCGACCGAUCGCCAAGAGCAACUCGUACGGUGAGGCCGGCACGUCCUUUUCCAUCCCGACGACGACCUGCAGCAAAGACCUGGCGAAGCACUUUGGCGCUCAGCCCCUGCCGAACACGAAGGACCUCUGUCGGCACUUUGGCGAAGCGUCCGUACCGCCCAACUCGCCCCGGAACAGCACGAUCGUGAAGGGCACGUCGCCCAGUUCCCCCACGCGCAAAUCGUUCAUCCGCCAGCCGACGCUUAACCUGGGCAAAGCGCAAACGAGCGAAGGCGAAACGUCCCCCUCGAACGGGUCCGCGUCCAGCAGCAAACCGUUGCGCGUGUACCGCAUCCCGCUCACGAACCUGACCGGUACGCACGUGCAGUCGCACCACUACCACUACCCGAGCAACGAUCCGGCCAAGAAGCCGGUCGCGAUCGCGACCAAGAUGCACCCGAGUGCGGCGAUCGCGGCCGCGGUCGUUACCCGCCCGAGCGAAAGUGCCCAGGAGCGGGUGCGCCAGCUGCAGUCGUCGAACGAGGAGGACGAGGAGGGCCUGUCGCCGUCGGACGAGUCGCGCGGCGAGCUGGCGGGAGCGGCCGAGGUGGCGCCGGUACCGCCCGCGCUCAGCAUCUUCGACCAGAUCCAGCAGGACCUGCAGGAGCUCAGCAUGAAGGAUAAGCACGAGCAGGGCGAGCUGUGCAGCUCGGUGCUGACGCCACUGUAAGCGGCAGCGUUAGGACGCAGCCAGGCAUACCUGAGGCUAUACGCAUACACCCAGCCAGUAAGCAAAUGGUUUCAUCAUUGAACGCGCGUGCUCGCGUUUUGUUGAUGUUUAAGUAAAUUGUAAAGUGGAACGCGUUGCGGUGCGUGUUGUUUUUGCGAGGGGAGGGUGGAUGAGAAGUUGACUGCUAGUAGUUGGUACGCUGAAAUCGGUUUUUUGGUUCGGAUGUUCGGCCGAGUCGUGGCGCGAUGAUCAAUUCAACUGAGCCCCAUGAAUUGGUCCCGCCAUUCCCGGAACAUCUGAACCAAGAAUGCAUUUCAGGCGAAUUAAGUUUGCGUUAGUAUGUGAAUAGUCGCAGGGGGAUCAUUAAUGAUAACAGUGUGUGAGAGAGGGAGAGAGAAUUGUUCAUUAUUGCAACUAAAUACUGCUGUAGCUCUUAAAUACCCUACCAUAUACUAAGCCAGAUGCUCCUACACCUAUCCACGUGUUAUCGUACGUGUGUGCGUGUGUUGAACCCAAUAUAUCACUGUUUGAGGGCCUGACUGCCGAUAAUUAGGAUUAUUUAAAACAAGGUGCAAACGAGUAACGCACAAACAAACAAACAAACACAAACAUACGGAAGCCUACUUAAGAGAAAGCGUGCGCAGGAAGCACGUGUUUGUGUGCGCAAAACACAAAAACCAGUGCUCAUCACAAAGUAUUAAUUAGAAGAAAGCAAGGCGUACGAACAUAAUCAUGCUCUACACAUGACCAUUACCCGUUACUGAAACAAAUACGUUACGGCAAAGCAAAGACAGCAAUGCAUAGAUCACGCCGCCAAACUCCCCCCCGAGAGAUCCUGAUUGCGGAUGUAAUGCGCAUGGAGGAGCAUACCAACGCCGGCGUUAUCUUGUACACUGCUCGCGUGAAACCAUGCACAGGUGGGAGAGAGAUGGUGUGUUUGUGUAUGUUGUUUUCCCUUGUUUUCUUGUGCUGUGAAUAACAAAAAAAAAAAACAAAACCGAGAGAUUAAUGUUAGCAUAAACGCAAGCGCGCACACACACAACCGUUAGAAGGUUGAGUAGCAAUUGUGACCCCUAGCUACAAACCAAGCAGUUGCUGAAUCCCCUCAGUGGAAUCUAUUUCGUCCGAUCCGUGUUGGCAUCAUGUUGAAACUGAGAGAGAGAGAGAGAGAGAGAGAGAGAGAGAGAGAGAGAGAGAAAGAGAGAGAGAGAGAGAGAGAGAACAAAACAGGAUAGCAAAAAGGACAAAAAGGCAUUAAAACAAGCAUAAAACACAAAUAAAGCUAUAAUGUUAAUCACACACACACACAAACACAUCGUUGAAAUGACAGCAAAACCAAAGAGCCGCAACCCAGAAGCACAUAUAACGGAACUGUAUUUACUUGCUACUAGCACUAUCACUAUACUAUUAUUUACAAACGGCCUGCCAGGCGCGACCGAAGGACCGCAUUGUGAGCAAGUGGCGUGCGCCGUUGGGUUGGGCUUUGGAGGGGAGGGAUCAAUGAGGGAUCAGACUUUUAUGACGGGUGGUAUCCGCACAAAAUGUGCCACAGAACAAAGCAAAUAAAGUUUUUAGUUUAGUUGAAAACAA